ACUGCGCGCUGGUGAUUGAAUAAAGCCUCCUGCUUUUGCAUUAAGUCUCGCCUCCGUCGGUCACUGAGGGGACUCACUGUCUCAAGGAUAGACGGUAAGAUCGUCCCAUCUGGGGUGCCUGACACUUUCUCUGGCUUUCUUCGCCCUCACAGUGGUCCGCAUCAACUUUCCUUCCACGGCUGCCGCUGUUGGCGGAGCCCGCGCGAGGGGGCCUCUGGGAAGUGUAGUUCUGGUGCCCGCCGCCGUCCCGGAGUUGCGGGAGAGACUCCGCGUGCGCAGGCGCAUUUCCGGUUCUGCCGGGCCGCCGUAGCCAUUGUCCCGGGCCCGGUGCAGCGGAGGCCGCUCUGAGCAGCAAGCACAUCAACAGACAGAUCAGUGUUGGAGAGAACCGAGCCUGCCUGCAGGCGCGGGAGGAGCCAGCCCGUGAUUCUGGGUGGCCUGAGCUCCUGUCGGGCUAAGGAGUCCGAGCGAGGCAGGCAUGGCCCCAAGGCCUCCGACAGCCGCACCUCAGGAAUCAGUGACAUUCAAAGACGUGGCUGUGGAUUUCACUCAGGAGGAAUGGCACCACGUGGAUCCUGCUCAGCGGACCUUGUACAGGGAUGUGAUGCUGGAGAACUACAGCCACCUGGUGGCACUUGGAUAUCAAGUCUCCAAGCCAGAGGUGAUCUUCAAGUUGGAGCAAGGAGAAGAGCCUUGGACUUCAGAGGGAGAACUCCGAAGACCCUUUUGUCCAGACUGGAAGACCAGGAGUGAAGCCAAGUCAACACGUCUUCAUCGGGGCAGAGCUGAAACACCCCAUAGCACAGAUGGUCCCUCCACUGCCACCUUAGAAGUCACCUGUGAUGUUAGUAGCCAGUUAGAAAGGCACCAGGAAAACUGGAAGAGACAUCUGGGGCCGGAGGCAGCCAACCAAAAGAAAAGUUUUGAGCAAAAUAAAUUUACCGAAGAUUCUAGGUUGAAUUCAGACCUGCUUACACAACUGAACGUUCCUUCAAAAAUACGACCUAGUGAAUGUGAAACCUUUGGAAACAAUUUGGGACACGGCUCAGACUUAGUUAAUCAAAACGAUGUCCUUGCAAAGAAAAAACCCUUUAAAUGUGACAAAUGUAGGAAAGCCUUUAUUCAUCGAUCAUCACUUACUAAACAUGAAAAAACACACAAAGGAGAGGGUGCGUACCCCAUUGGCACAGAUCAGGGAGUUUAUUCUGGGAAGAAACAUCAUGAGUGUACUGACUGUGGGAAGACCUUCCUCUGGAAAACACAGCUUACUGAGCAUCAGAGAAUUCACACUGGGGAGAAGCCCUUUGAAUGCAACGUGUGUGGAAAAGCCUUCAGACACAGCUCUUCCCGGGCGCAGCAUGAGAAUGCUCACACUGGAGAGAAACACUAUAAGUGCAGUCUCUGCGGGAAAGCCUUCCAGCGCAGUUCCUCCCUCGUUCAGCACCAGAGAAUCCACACCAGAGAGAAGCCCUAUCGAUGUAAUCUGUGUGGGAGGUCCUUCAGGCACGGCACUUCACUCACUCAACACGGGGUCACGCACAGUGGGGAGAGACCCUUCCAGUGCAAGGAAUGCGGGAAAGCCUUCAGCCGGUUUUCUUCGCUCGUUCAACAUGAGAGGACUCACACGGGAGAGAAGCCUUUUGAAUGUAGCAUAUGUGGGAGGGCUUUUGGUCAGAGCCCAUCCCUUUAUAAACAUAUGAGGAUCCAUAGGAGAGGCAAGCCUUACCAAAGCAAUAACUACAGCGUAGAUUUCAAGCACAACUCAACUCUCACUCAGGAUGAAAGUGCCCUGACUGAGGUGAAAUCCUACCAUUGCAGUGACUGUGGGGAAGACUUCAGUUACAUCACAGAUCUCGCUGACCAUCAGCAGAUCCAUACCAGAGAGAGCCCCUAUGACUGCGAGCAGGCCCUGAGCCAACAAACCGUUUCUCCUUCUGGAGAGAAGCCCUAUCAGUGUAACGUGUGUGGGAAAGCUUUCAAACGGAGUACAAGUUUCAUAGAGCAUCACAGGAUUCACACUGGAGAAAAACCAUACGAAUGUAAUGAGUGUGGAGAAGCCUUCAGUCGACGCUCAUCACUCACUCAGCACGAGAGAACCCAUACCGGGGAGAAGCCCUAUGAAUGUAUUGACUGUGGGAAGGCCUUCAGUCAGAAUUCAUCCCUGAUUCAGCAUGAGAAAACUCACACUGGAGAGAAACCCUAUGAGUGCAAUGAGUGUGGGCGUGCCUUCCGAAAGAAAACUAACCUGCGUGAUCAUCAGAGGAUUCACACUGGAGAAAAACCCUAUGCUUGUAAGGAAUGCGGGAAAAACUUCAGUCGAAGCUCCGCUCUCACUAAACACCAGAGAAUCCAUGCUCGAAAUAAACCCUAGGAACCCUGAAAUUAAGGAAUGUAUAGAAAGCUUUAGUUAACAUGCUGUUCUAAUUCAGGACUGGAGCAUUCUUACAGAGUUUGUGAAUGAAAUGACUUAUAUGUGUGUGUGUAUGUGUGUUGUAUGUGAGAAAACUGUGCCACUAGACAGAAUGUCUCUAAUAAAAGCUACAUUCUCAUAUUUGAUUACAGACAUCUGUUUAAAAAAAAACAGUUGGAAGUGAUAUGCCCAUAAACUGGAUUUUAUAAAGCUUUUGAAUAUAUGUCUGGAGGAGAUCACGAAAUUUCAACCACUUGAUGCGUAAACCCUUUGUUUACAGUCUUUAAAAAUAAAUAAAGCUCCUCUAGUAAUGACCAAAAAUCAUUUUAAAAAUUGUUUGACAACUGCAACUCUUAAAGUAAAUUCACUGUGGAAGCCGAUUCUGCCUAUGGGAAUUUGCCAAAGAGUUAGCUUAAAUAAUGUAAUAGAGUAAAAACCAAAGAUCUGAAGUGGUUUGCACAGUAGGCUACUGCCCAUAACAGCAGGUCUCCUGAAAAGGUAUUUUGAAAUUUAGAGAACUUUAAAUUUUGAAAUGAGUCAGAUACCCAAACAUUUAAUGAGCACCCCCCAUGAGUUGGACACAGAAGAAUUCCUAAAAUCAUAGAAACCGAAGUUAUGUAAAUUUGUCACCAGCUUAUUUAAAGCAAUUUGUUGGACAUGUAUAAA